AUGCGGAGGAAGCCAGCUCGUCGAAAUCAAUUGGUUUUUUUGGGGAAGGAGGAGGCCCUGGCGUGGGAGCUGUUCACGCCGAUACAGAGGUUUCUCAUUGUCAACAUUCUGGGUCGUGAUGGGUCGGUUCCAGUUCACAAAUGUGAUUGGAAGUGCAUCGCUGUUGACAGUGAUGUUGAGGUGGCGAGGGACUUCACGAAUAUAAUGAAGGAGACGAGGAGCUUGGUGGGGCCACCAACGCGGUUGAUUUCGUGUCGUUUCUCAGGUGGCCGGAUUGGUGGAAGUUCGAGAAGAUGGUGA